AUGGAAAAGAUGCCCACAACGACAGCCAUGACACGCUGCGGUAGCCCUACUUUGAUGAGCACAUAUGCUCAUGCACUGUCUCCUACUGACAGACUCACCCUCGCCGAACGAAAGGCUUUCGGUAAAUCAGAUCGUAAAGCUAGCAAGGUCCUCGGUGUCACACUUACGCGUAAUCACCUGGGACAGAUAAACCAGGAUAGAAGACUUUCUCUAAGCCUAACACAAGAUCAAGAGAAUGCCCAAAGUGAUCAUAUCCCCGAGGAAUGUAUGGUUCCAGGUGCAAUGCGCAAUGCAAGCGUCGCCACCAUCAUUAGGCCACUCAAGCACCUUGGCCGUGUGCUCGCUUCGGGUAUGAGGAUCGUAGAGAAGCAGAACAAAGGACGCAUGGAUGCUGACGAAUAUACGCCACGCGUUGUAUUGGGCCUCUUGUGGUCUGUUGGAUCGCUUGAAAAGGAGGGUAAGGGAGAACUACCGACUGGCAUUAGCGUAUGCUCGAUCCCGGAGCUAGAUGAGAGUGAAAGGUGCGAUACCGCAGCGCCUCUUGGAGCCGAAUUUCUAAGGCGAAAUGAUGAAGAGGGGGAAGACAAUCUAUUCGGCGGUUUUCCGAUGGGCCUUAUUCGGGACAUCGAAACCCCGUUGGCGAGUCCCGGCCUUGAUCGACGUGUCGAGGAGAUACAGUCUGGUGGAACGAUUGGACCAUCAGAUGUACAUGUGUCGCCGGUUGCAUCUCUCUGCUAUACGACUAAUUUCGAGGUAUCAUCCGAAGGAAGUCCGGUACUUUCCUCUAACGACUCAUUUGAUGACAGGCUUUGUCCGGCGGAACGGGCUUACCUCGACUUCUUGAUUGCACAGGACGAAGCCGAAGAGCAACCAAUAAGGAGAAGAGAAGCGUUGCGAUCCAGGAACAAGGUGCUGGAUGUGUUGGGAGCAGAGGCGCGACAAGCAGUUGAUGAACAAUGGUAG